AUGAGUUGCAGGUCCAAACAGACUAUGAUGUACACCAAGGGGAGAAACUCCAGUAAUAGCUGUGGUGGAAUAAGGGUAGUUUCAGGAAUCUCCGGGAGAGGGGCCUCCUCUGUUGUAAGUAGUGUUGGAGGUGGUGUAUCUGGGAGGACCUUUUCCAGUGGAGCUUCCUAUGGAGGGGCAAGUUGCACUGAUGGUGGCUUUGGAGGAAAUAUGUUAGGGAGCUACUUGUAUGGUUCUGGGGGCACUUUUCGCUUUGGGCAAAUUGGUGGUGGCUUUGGCAAUGAUACUCCCUUGAUUUCCUGUGAUGAGAAGAUGACCAUGCAGAAUCUCAAUGACCGCUUGGCCUCUUACUUGGAGAAAGUGCGACGCCUUGAGGAGGAGAAUGCUGAACUUGAAAGCAGAAUUAGGCUGUGGUAUGACCGACAAGGCCCACCAUCUGAGCUAAAGGAUUAUAGCUCUUAUUAUCAACAAAUUGAAGAGUUAAAGAAUCAGAUUGUUUGUGCCUCAGUGGAUAAUAGUAAGCUAAUCCUGGAUAUUGAUAAUAACCGCAUGACUGCUGAUGACUUCAGGUUGAAGUAUGAAACGGAAUUGGCUCUUUGCCAAAAUGUGGAAGCUGAUAUCAAUGGAUUGCGCCAGGUUCUGGAUCAACUGACUCUUUGUAGAUCUGAUUUGGAGGCACAACUUGAAUCUCUCCGGGAAGAGCUGUGCUGUAUCAAGAAGAACCAUGAGGAGGAAAUUAAGAGUCUGAAGAGUCAAACUUGUGGUGAUGUUAGUGUGGAAGUUAACUCUUCCCCAGGUCCAGAUCUGAAGAAAGUUCUGGAAGAAAUGAGAUGUCAGUAUGAAACCAUGAUUGAAAACAACCGCAAAGAAGUUGAGCAGUGGUAUGAACGCAAGAUGGAAGAAGUGAAUCAGGAGGUCUGCAUCAGUAGCAAAGAAGUUGAGGAUUGCAACAAUCAAGUUGUUGACCUAAAACGUCAGCUGCAAACCUUGGAAAUAGAUUUGCAGGCUCAGCUUUGCUUGAGGGAAUCACUGCAAGACUCUUUGGGUGAGACCGAAUGUCGCUAUAAUACCCACCUGGCUGAAAUACAGAACCAGAUCUCUUGUGUGGAACAGCAACUGGCAGAGUUGAGGGCAGAGAUGGAGUGCCAGAAUCGAGAAUACAGAGAACUUCUAGAUGUCAAGUGUCGCUUGGAACAGGAGAUCCAGACCUACCGCUCCCUGUUAGAAGAAGGGCAGCAAGACAUUAGUACUCCCAGCAGCACCACUUCUGGAGGGGGACAUUCCAAACACUCAGGAGGAGUGAGACUCCUCUCUCAUUCUUACAGUAGCUCUAGUUCAAGCCAGGUCUCCCCGUCGGAUCUGAAAGUUAAACAAAUCUGUACCAUUCACCCCAAAAAGCUGAAAGUCACUGUCCUCAUCGAGGACUCUCCAAGCAAAAUGGAGAUCAACACCAGGUCAUCACUGACCAUAAUUCCAUGGUCAGCCCUGAAGCAAACAAUCCCCAAGCUACAAAAGAGACAUCUCAGAAGCCCCGACAUCCACCUACGUGACUACCAGGGGAACCAGGUCCCCAUCGUGGGCCAAGUCACAUUCCGGCUGAUCAACAACAAUCACCAGAACCAACACCACGAGUGCCAGCACCAGCACCACCAGCACCACCAGCAUGGCCACUUCCACCACUUGAGGUCAGAGAAAGCAGCAAGUCCAUCUCCUCCACUGAAGUUCCACACUUCAUGA